AUGCCAGCCAACACCUCCAUAGCCGCAGCGAUCGCGAAAGUCGUGCCCGGGGAGAAGAGUUUCGCGGUGGUAUACAAUGGCAAGACGUUGGGAGCGGGAGAGCAUGUGCCUAAAGCCCGUCAGUGCAUCCACGCCUCAUGCCCCGAAUUGACACCUUCACACACACAACAAAAAAAAACUGACCUCUCUCUCUUCCUCCCUAGAAACCCACGCCGGCCCACCCGAACUCAUCUUCCCCAUCCAGCAGCAGCAAUCCAGCAGCGGCGCAUCCGCACCCAAAACCUACCUCGUCGUGAUGCUCGACCUCGACGCACCCUACGCAUCAUUCCCAAUCCUCGGCCCCCUCCUACACUGGAUCCAACCGGGCGUGCGAGCCACCACCAGCGGCUCGUUGACGUACACGCAGAGCGACCCCUUCUUGGUAGAUUACAUCGGCGCCAGUCCGCCGCCGGGGAGCGGGCCGCAUCGGUACGCGUUUUUCGUGUACGAGCAGCCGGACGGGUUUGAGCUGAAGAGGCUUUCGACGCGGUAUGGGUCGGCGGGCGGGCAGAAGGUUGGGGCUGCGAAGAGGGUGAGGUUUGAUUUGGAUGCGUUUGAGAGGGAGGCGGGUUUGGGGAGGAGUUUGGGGUGUACUUAUGUUAAGAGUAAUUGA